GUGCGUCGCUCACACCGCUGCUGUGUGUGGGUCGUGUCCGCUCGCUGUGCAUGCUCAGAGGCUUGUACCCGUCCGGGCCUCAGCUCUUGAUGUUCCUCCCUCCGUUUGUAGAGGACAUGCAUCACCUCAAACCGUUUCGGGACAGACUGUACACGACCCGGUGCUGCGGGUGCUGUCAUGUCCGGACAGGCACCAUCAUCCUGGGGACAUGGUACAUGGUGGUGAACCUGUUGAUGGACAUCCUGCUGACCGUUGCAGUGAGCCACCCUGGCAAUGUGCCCACCAUCGACCUGCAGUACGAGGUCAUCGACCACUAUUUUGCCUCAGACCGCAUGUCUGAAAACGCCUGUGUGGGGUUUGCCAUCUCUCUGCUCAUGCUCACCAUCAGUGCCAUGCUGGUGUACGGAGCCAUCACUCACCGCGCCGGCUGGCUCAUCCCCUUCUUCUGUUACCAGCUCUUUGACUUUGCUCUCAGCUGUCUGGUGGCCAUCAGCUCCCUCACCUACCUGCCCCGCAUCAAGGACUACCUGGACCAGCUGCCGGACUUCCCAUACAAGGACAACCUCCUGUCCAUGGACUCCAGCUGCCUGCUCAUGUUUGUGCUCGUCUUCUUCGCCUUCCUCAUCCUCCUCAAGGCCUACUUGAUCAACUGUGUGUGGAACUGCUACAAAUACAUCAACAACAGGAACAUGCCUGAGAUCGCCGUGUACCCGGCCUUUGAGACCCCUCCCCAGUACAUUCUUCCCACUUAUGAGAUGGCCGUGAAGAUGCCUGAGAAGGAGCCCCCCCCUCCGUACAUGCCCGCUUAGCGUGUACCCCCCCCAUCACCACUAACACCAUUCCUACCACCGCACGCCCACAUGAGCCCUGUGCAACCUCACAGACCCCUCCCCCCUCCCCACGUGUGCCACCUGUCCUGUGUCUGGAGGAAGAGGAGGAAGAGGAGGAGGAGGAGUCUACCAGCUUUUGUGUCAAACAUGUUCAGAUUCGACUCGUAUGAGGACUUCUGCUUUGGAAAUGUUGGGAAAUUUCAGAUUUAGUUUGACCAAAAUGUAAGAUGUGCAAAAGAGUUAGUGUAUAUUAUCACCUAAAGAGAAAAUGUGAGUUUCCAAGAUACAUUUGCAAAUUUGCUUUUAAAAACGUAUCUCCCACUAUUAAAGAAGAUAUUGUGCUUUUGUCUGCUCUAUAGUUAUAAUCUCCAACCCGUGGAUCAUUAUGUUACAUUUUGGACAUUUUUAAAUCACAAUAUUGAUCUAAAAGCACUUAAGAGGAGGUGUUAUGCCAAAUCGACUUUUGGGAGUUUUCCACCAUGUUGUUCCACCAUCACAGAUAUGCCUGAAGAGGUUUCAGAUGUGAUCCAUGCAUGUUUGAGUAAUAUAGUGAUCUCUCUUGGACCCUAUCCAAAGCCUCCUUGCAGUUUAGAGUAAGAUUCUGUCCAAAUGAAUAUAGCAUUUUCAAAACUGUGAAAGGUAACGUGGUGAUUUAAGUACGUUACGUGUUAGCAGUUAGUACCCUGAAAAAAAGAAACAAGUAUGAAUAUUCUCCAGGUAGGAACAUUGUGGAGGCUUAUCAAGUUUAAAGCUCCAAAAAGUCGAUCUGGCACAAUAUGUCUCCUUUAAGUGUAACCCUCUGGCGGUACCGUUUUUGGAAAUUUCCACCUUAUUUCAUGUCUUGUUCGAAGCUUGUGCAAUUCAAAACUUAAAGUGUAAAUUUUUUUGACAAAUAUUCUUGCUUUUGUCUGUGUAAUCUGAACAUGCUCUCUCUCUGCCAUGUGUCCAGCACCACCGCAUCUCUAGUGCAACAUGAAAUGAAAAGUUAUACCUAUGACAAUCCACGUUAAGCUCUUCUUGUUAACUUUGUGUUGUUCUGUUGGCCUUUAAUAUGAAGCCUCUCCCACGUGGCUCUUUGAAUGCUUAUUUAUUUAGCCUUGUUGUAGUUUAGUUCACUUCAAACACAUUUUUGCCGCACUUUGCUGACCGUAAUGGCUGCCCCGGUGAGAUUUUUGAGUUCGGGCGAAGAGGAGGGAAGGACCGCAGAGAGACAGGCAGGCGUUGCUCCUGUCGGGUCCUGCGGUAAAGUGAAGACAGGAGCCGGAACUGUCACCUGUCGCUGCAUGCUCCCUGCCAUUGCUUUAACCUGUAAAGAUUUCUGUUAGUGGAAAUACAUUUUGAUUCAAUAAAAGUUAUGAUCCAUC